GAAAGGCACUCUGCAUGAGGCAAACCUGGAAAGCAACAUUUCUCCAAGUUUUGUCUUGAGUAAAAGGCUUGUAGGAGAAAGAAAUGGGCCCACAGUCUUCCACUCCUGAACACUAAGGACACAGACACAACAGGGUGAAGAGGAAAGAAGAAUCAAAGAUUUCUCCAUCAUCUGAUUUGUGGAGUUUGAACAUGGGUUGAGCUUCUGAUAUCAAUGAUUUAAGGAACUUCCUGUUCAUGGCCAGCUGUGCCCCAGUGUAUCCUGACUGAGAGCCUGACCAGAUCCUGGCCUCUGAAAUCUGACCUCUAACUCUGGAGGGGCAGGGGGGUCAACAGGGAGAAAAUGCGGUGCACCACCCUCUUGGCCCUGCUGACUGGAGUCAUGCUGUACCUGGUGAUGGGAGCGCUUGUUUUCCGUACCCUGGAGGCCCCCAAGGAGAGCUCAGCAUAUGAAGACCUGCUUAAAACCAAGCAAACCUUCCUCGAUAAUAACUCCUGUGUCACCGAGCUGGACUUCCACGAGCUUGUGAAGAGAGUGGUGUCUGCAGUGGAGGCAGGUCUGGAUGUGAGCAACCUCCCAGCCAACUUCACCAGCCGCUGGGAUCUAGCCUCCGCCUUCUUCUUCUGUGGCACCAUCAUUACCACCAUAGGCUUUGGAAACCUGUCUCCUCGGACGUGGUAUGGCCAGUUGUUCUGCGUGUGCUAUGCCCUGGUGGGCAUCCCCAUGUUUGGCAUACUGCUGGCCGGAGUAGGUGACCACAUGGGCACAGUGCUGCGGAGAGCUGUGGCCAAGAUUGAGACCCUCUUCCUGAAACGCAAGGUCAGGCCCACGACUGUGCGUGUGAGCUCAGCAGUUCUCUCCAUCCUGAUUGGGUGUUUGAUCUUCCUCGCUGUGCCGACAGUCGUGUUUCAGAAAGUGGAGGACUGGUCCUUUCUGGAGUCGCUUUACUUUGUGGUCAUCACGCUCACCACCGUUGGCUUUGGAGAUUAUGUCCCAAGUGGUGGUGGAGGGGGUGGCAUGUUCUUCAAACCUCUGGUGUGGUUGUGGAUUGUGUUUGGUCUCGCCUACUUUGCCUCCAUCCUCACCAUGAUAAGCAACUGGCUGAGGGUGCUGUCUAAGAAGACCCGUGCUGAGAUGGAGGAGUUGAGGGCCCAUGCUACAGACUGGACCCAGAACAUCCAAAACAUGUCUAUGGACUUCCGGAUCCCAAACCCUCUGGAGUUCAACGACCCCUUCCUCUUGCAGCGUCGGCGCUGGAAACGGAGCGAGCGUCGCCGAAUUCGUCGGGGAGCCCAAGUCACUCUGGGAUACUGGGUUCGAGGGGGAUCUGAGAAUGGACACCUGCCGAACCGCUGGGCUGGCCUCUCCAGCUCCAUGAAGCUGGACUCGCCAGAUGCAGCCAUCCAUGGAGAAUCCCUUUCUGGAUCCGAGUCUCCUUUUGACUCCAGAUCAGACGGUUCCUCGGACUCCAUGUCUUUCCUGGCAUUCCACCGGUUGCAGCCUUGCCGCACUGUCAGCAGCAUGGAGGAGGACGGAGUGAGAGCCAAAAGCACACAACCAAAGGACAAACCGAUUCAAGCAGAGAAAUGUGGACCUGUAGCAAAGUACAGCCACAGACGUACACCUCCCCCUCUACCCCAAGUCCUCCUUCCUUCUCAUCCCCUCAACAUCGCCUCCUCAGUCAGCUGCCAGCUGCUGGAUUUUUUCGGGGAGAACCUGGCAUACAUUGAUGAGUCCUCAGACACACUGAGCGACCGUGCCCAGCCAGCAGCAGGGGAGGAACAGAGGAGACGGCCACGAAAGCCCAAGAGGAGGAGCAUGAAGAGGCAGCUGUCGCACAAGUUGAGCCCCCUGCAGGUGCGGAGCCCCACUGGUGACAUGCAGCCACCAUCCAAUCCCCCUACACCCCCUCCAGACUGUUCUGUUUCAGACCUGCCCAGAUUAGAGAAACACACAGAUUCAGAUCCUACACUCUGA